UCGCGCCUCCUGUCUCAGUGCUUGACAGGCCGGCAAGCUCUUAGGAUCCAUUGGGUUUCUACCAGUCCGUCACAUCGCUGCCCCUCGCACACGAUCACCCUCUUUCGUCACCUGAUUUUUUUUCGGGAUUUGGACUGGAUAUAUUAGUGGUGAUUGGUAUUCCCGGAUCCGAGGGUAAUUAGCAUGGGAGACUGGUAUCCGCGACAAUAGUAUACCUGAUGGUGCCGGCCGAGUCAGAGUACCGAAAGUGUAACAUUGCGAUCAGGAAAAGAGGCGAAUAGUCGCGCGACACGAGUGAGGGACGUAGAAUUUAUUCUAACGUCAAAAAUUGAGGUAAUCAGAUCAGAUUUCGCAUGAUGACGAUUCUAAAGCCGAUGAACUGACAUGAAACAGGAUCUGUCACUGAACGAUCACGCGGUGUUUUGGAAAAUAAUAAGCUGCUGCUGAAGAUCAUGAAGAUACCCCAAGUCAUAUGAUCUCCAGACUAUCCAGGACACUUUACACAAAAUAUCGAGAUAUUCUAAAGUGCCUUGUGAUUUCUCUCUCUCUCUCUCUCUUUCUCUCUCUCUUUCUCUCUCUUGCAGUGAUUGGUGUGCGUGAGAACGGAUUGGUGAACACCAUAAAAAGUGGAGCAAAUCGCUCGAAAAAUAUCUGAAUAUCUUUUUCACCAUAUUUUCUGCAUAAGCCGAAAAGAUUUGUUUCGUUGUCAAAAAUUUCAUAAAGUUCCGAGUUAAUAACUUCACGACGUAAGAAGGAAGAAAGCGAAACUGGAUUGCGAUCGAGGCCGGUCGCCUUCUUGCGACGGAGCAUCGUCUUCGUCAGGGCACGAUAAGGGGACCAGGAAGUUUGUGCAAGAGAAGAACAUAUGGUUGCGCAAGUUCAGGAAGAAGUUACAGAAGACGUUACGACAAGGAAAAAGACUUUUUUUCGUGAAGAUAGCCGGAGAUACGCAGAAAGAAGUAGACAUAAAUAGAAGGGAAAAUUUAUAAGGAUCGAAGAUCAACGACUUUAUUAUCGAAAAGAAAACAAAAUUACGAGAAAAUCUAAGAUCCGCAGAAAAGGUAAAACAAAUUUGAGGAGAGCGAGCGAUGAUGCUAUCGAUCAUCUGAUCAUUCCUGUCGUGACGAAGGCCGAUCGUAGUUGAUUCAACCAAGGGCGACCUUGAACAAAAUGGUCACGAGGGCGCUGCUAUUACUCUCGUUGGUCCUCCUCGGUGCCUUCGACGCCCCCGGCAUCGAGAGAACCCAUGUUCGGCACUUGGCGAUGGCCGGUAACGCUUGCAACGCCUGCAGGAUGCAUGAGGAGAUCCGCGCGCUCAGUUUGGAGGCUAUCAAAGAACAGAUCCUGAAUAAACUCGGUUUGAAACAGGCGCCUAACAUGACGGGUCGGGCGCUGCCAAGAAUCCCACCGAUCUCGAAACUGAUGGACAUGUACGGGAUGCAGGCUGAUCAGCCACCACUCGAGCCUGGUAUCACGCACCACGAAGAGAUUGACGAGUACACCGCCAAAACGGAAAGCGUCUUUGCCUUGGCGCAACCACAUCAAAGGCUAAGGCAUUCAAAGGGCAACUUAGACGUGUUGUACUUUAAAUUCUCCGACAAAGUCAUUCAGCAUCGCGUUACUAAAGCAGAAUUAUCUUUGUGGAUAUGGGGUGUCAAUCAAGAAACCGCGGAGCUCGGCGAAUCGAUCGAUCUAGAAGAUCAAGAUGCUGGUCCGGUAACAAUCACGUUACAGAGGAUUCUUCGGGGCGCAACUGAGACUGGCGGACCCCUAUUGGGUCCACCUCUCACCACGAAGCACCCUCGACUGUUUGGACGACGGGGAGGUUGGAUCACGAUCGAGCUCAAACGAAUGGUGGCCGAGUGGUUCAAACAUCCCCGGGACAAUCUUGGAGUGGCUUUGAAGAUCACUGGAUCCGGCGGGAAUCAUCGCAGGAAUUCGCCUCGAUUGGUCGAGACCAAUCCCGGCGCAGAAUACGCACCGUAUCUCGAAGUGCAGAUGCAGGAACUCGAUUCGCGAAGAAGCUCUAGGAUCAAGAGAAACGUGGGACUCAAUUGCGACGAGGCUAGUCAGGAGACUAGGUGUUGCCGGUAUAAGCUAACAGUGGACUUUGAAAAAUUUGGCUGGGAUUGGAUAAUCGCACCGAAAAAAUACGAUGCCAAUUACUGCUCGGGUGACUGUCCGAUGGCUUUUCUUCCGGCCUAUCCCAAUACGCAUAUCGUCAGCCUAGCAGAACCGCCGAAUAAUACUGGACCAUGCUGCGCGCCUAGAAAAUUGUCCGAGAUCACGAUGCUGUACUUCGACAAUGAGUAUCAGAUCGUGUUCUCGCGACUACCGGGCAUGGUAGUCGAGAAGUGUGGCUGCUCAUAGUCCACCUACGAGUCAGACGGGAUGACGAGAGCAACGUGGAGAGCCCCUUACAAGACAACGUCCCGCGAUGCUCUCCUUCUGAUCAAUUCCGAUAAUCAUCAUCGUUGUCCUCAUCAAUCGUCGUCAAUUGUCGUCGCCGCGUUCUCGGCGAUUCCUCAUCCGAUAGACUGAAAGUGCCUUGUUCGGAGAGUGGUCGCGUGAUGCGGAUCCCUUCGGAGCGCGAGACAGCAGAGACGUAAAGUGUGCGGGUGGUGAUUCGCGAGGAUCUCCUCGAAGACUGUGCGCUGGAUGCCAAGGAGGAACUCGUGUCGUCAGCGGCAGGUAUCCCGAUGGUGAUCCAUGGCAAAGCGGAUAGUUCCUAGAGUCACGGUAUUAUUUUUAAGACGCCGAUACGUUUGCACCUGAUCCACGUAUACGACCUCGGGAUUAUAAAUCUCCAAGACACGAAUUUCCUAUUCCUCGAAGGCAGGAGCGAGAGAACCUGGGGUAUUUAUAAUAUUAUGAAUUUAAAAAUUACUAUAUGUUUUCUAUAUUCGUAGAAGUUUAACACGGUGAUAAGCAGUAUAAAACUUGGAAAUUUCCACUCUCACAUCUCCUUCGCGAGACUUUCAAUAAAUUGCAGCGAAGAAUAUAAUUCGAUCAUUUUCAAUAUGGCGAAAUUGUGUUGAAAAAAUAUAAUAUUUUUGUCUCUUUUAUUUCUUUAUAUUGCAAACAAAAUAUACACUAAUUGAGAUCGUCGACGAUCGAUGGAAACGUGUUGGCCAACAGAUCUCGGUGUACAGUAAAAUCGUUGUUUUUCUAAUGAUUUUUCCUCUCCCUUUCCCCAUCCCUUCGUCUUUCUAUAAUAUAUUAUAUAUAGAUAUUAUAUAUAAUUUUUGUCAUUAUGAUCGUUUUUUUAGCAAAUUGUGAGAGUGUGUGUGCGAGAGAGCGUUUCGAAUUGUGUAAAUAAGUUGUAGCAAAAGAGUAUGGUGUUGCUUCGCUGAGACUCCUGGAUCCUGAAAGGAUCUAAUAAGGAUGUUAUUUGUAUAUCGGCGACUCUGUCCUUCGCUUUUCUAAAACGCGAGUAUGGUUUUAAAUAAAUUGUAAUUACACACACGAUGCGAUAUCUGAAGUUUGAAAUUCUUCGAUACGGCGAAAAUUGAAAAUUUCGCAAAAAUGUUUACGAUCGCAAAAAAUAAGUAUUGAACAUUUUUUUCUAGAUAAAUAAACGUUAUUCGCGCAACAAACGCGAAAUUCUCAUAACUUUCUUCAUAACUUAUUAAGUAUUAAUAGCUGCAUUUUAACGAAUCGGGAGAUGCACUUAUUAAGAAGGGAUAACGACGUUUUUUUUACACGUAUCCCUUCUUGUUUCACGCUUUACGUAAUAUAUUCAAGAAUUGACAAAUAUAUUUUCGGAUAUGAUAAUUCUAAAGAUUCCUUGAUAAGCGUGAAAUCCGAUUAAUUUUAUAGAUUCAUUAGGAUCCGUCUUUGAUCCUUGUAUAAUGCUUAAUUGCAUCAUGAAGGAAAGGAUUAAUGCUAUAAUAUGUAUAGACAUAUCUCUCCGACACUUAAACGAUUCUAGUUAUAUGUAGCGAUGGAAAGCAGUAAAAUUUCGAUGAAUUUAGGUUUUUGUAUAUACUCAAUGAAAAGUGCAAUAAUUGCGAUAAUGUGACAUUUAUCUGAAUCUAUAGCAUCGAGAAGUAAAAUUCUAUUCUAAUUUCAAUCUUUGCUAUAUGGCAAUCUUCAAAAUCGUGCUAAAAAUUUUUUUACGCUGUACGGAGUAACACUUAAUUCCACGUUUUUCCCUCGGCUUCGAGUCAAGUGCACUGUAGUUACAUUUGUUUGUAGUUACAUUUUGUAAAAUAGUAUACGAUAUACGAUCGACUUGCGCGCACCGUCCUUAAACUUUAUGUGAUUUUAAUGGAAAAAAAAACAUAUACAUAUACACGUACGAGUUUAUAAAAAACUCUUUGCGAUUUUUAUAUAAAGCAAUUAUUAGAGUGUAAGAGAAAGCUCCUUGAAAAAUCGAUUCUUUUGUAACUCAUCUCUUCUCUGUCCAGCUGUCCUCUAUCAUCUCAUCCCUUUUUCUUCUUUCAUCACUGUUGUUUUCCUUCGUCCAACUUCGUCCUAUCCAUUUUUCGUUUGUUUGUCAGUGUACCAAUAAUUAAAAAAUAAUAUAUAUAUAUAUAUAUAUAUAUAUAUAUAUAUAUAUAUAUCUUUUUCAAUAUAUGAACAAGGACGGCAAAAAAUGCAUACUUAUAUAUGUAUAAUGUGUACUUCCUAGAUAAUAGCAUAGAUAGAAAAAUAUUUAUUCCAUAAAAUAAACGGUUUUUCGAUGA